UCAUCAAGCAAAUCUCUCUAUUCUCUUCAGCGGUGUACGUUCCUUGUUUGUUUAAUGUUUUUCAUUCUCUCUCUCUAGGGCACUAUCUCUCUCUCUCCUCCCCUUCGUCAUUCCCCUCGGCAAAUCCCUAGAUCCCCAAGUAAUCUCAAUUCCCUCUUUUCUUUCUCCAACAAGGAUCAUCUGCUGCAUCUUUUCUCUUCCAGGUAUCGUUUAUGCCCAAUCUCUCUAACCGAUGUUCUUCGAUUUCGUGUAACCCUGGUUUUGGGAUUUUUUUUUUUUUUUUUUUUUUUUUUUUUUUUUUGAAUUAGGAUCUUCUCUAGUUUCUAUUUGCUUCAAUUCCUCUACCAAUUUUGUCUCUCUUUAUUUUUUGCUGCUUGAUCCUUGUUGGUUUCCUCCCAUUUCUUCUUCGUUCGGCGUUUCAGGUUCGCUCGUAGGGUCUUUUUAUUUUCUUAGGGUUUUGUUUUUUUUUUUCUUUCUUAGUUCUCGAUUUUGGGUUUGAAAUUUUUUCCGAAUUUGGUAUCUAUAGCUGCUGGAAUCAUCGUGCUUGAAUUUUCAAGUUCUAUUCGUUUCUUCUAGUCUUAGGGUUGGAUGUAUUUUAUGGCAUUUGAAUGCCAGAAGUCUGCCGGGUUUUGUAAGGAUUCAAGAGUUAUUGUGAAAAAUUCUUGUGAGAAACCAACGGGUGGAUCGAGUUAUUUCAAGCUCAAAGGAAAAUCAGCGGGAAUUGAAUCUGAGAAAUCGGAAUUUGACUUGGAGAAGGGAGAUACUACUUCACUCAGCUCGAAGCAGUUAGGCUGUAGAAAUGUUCCCUUGGGUUGUCGGUCAAUUACCGACCUUCCUCCUGCAAUUAUAUCUGAGAUUCUGAACUGCCUUGAUCCGAAGGAGCUUGGCAUUGUAUCUUGUGUGUCGACGAUUCUUCAUAGGUUAGCAUCUGAGCACCAUGUAUGGAAGGAAUUCUACAAUGAAAGAUGGGGACUUCCAAUUCCAGCUCUACCGGCACCGGUGGCUGCUACUGGAUUUUCUGAUGAGAAGUCAUGGAAAGAUAUUUUUGUGGAGAGGGAGUUUAGGAGUAAAACUUUUAUGGGACGAUAUAGUAUGGAGGUUUUGCAUGGUCACACUGAAGCAGUUCGUACGGUUUUUCUUCUGGUUUCUGCAAAACUUAUAUUUACUUCUGGAUAUGACUCAAUUGUGAGAAUCUGGGACUUGGAAGAAGGAUUGUCCAUUGCUUCAUCACGAUCACUCGGUUGCACCGUUCGUGCACUUGCGGCCGAUACAAAACUACUGGUUGCUGGAGGCACCGAUGGUUUUAUCCAUUGUUGGAAGGCGAUAGAAGGGCUUCCACACUUGUUCGAUGUGAAAGGCCCUCAAAAUCACAAUACCGAGUUUCGGCUUUGGGAGCAUGAAGGACCCAUAACCACUCUUGCUCUGGACCUAACAAGGAUUUAUAGUGGUUCUUGGGACAUGACUGUUCGAGUAUGGGAUCGUUUUUCACAGAAGUGCUUAAGGAUUUUGAGGCAUGGUGACUGGGUUUGGGGACUAGUCCCUCAUGAUACUACUAUUGCUAGCACAUCAGGCUCAGAUGUAUAUGUCUGGGAUACUAACAGUGGGGAGUUGGCUACUGUCAUCCAUGAUGCUCAUGUUGGCAAGGCUUAUGCUCUGUCACGAAGCCAUACAGGGGAUUUCCUAUUUACUGGAGGGGAAGACGGUGCAAUUCACAUGUUUGACGUUACUAAUCGACAUGUUGAUACAAGCGCUCAACUUGUUGGAUCAUGGAUUCCUCAUUCAGGACCAGUUUAUUCACUAGCAUUUGAGUUUCCAUGGCUGGUUUCAGCGUCAAGUGAUGGGAAACUCUCGUUGAUCGACGUGAGAGCACUGCUUAGGACAAGGAAAAGAACUCUGUGGAAGAGAGAUUCUGCAGGGCAGCAUGUUGGUAGGAGUAUUGGUGUGGAGCCUCCUCAGAGAAUGUUGCAUGGAUUUGGGAGCAAUUUGUUCGGUGUGGACAUUGGUUUGGAUCGUAUUGUUUGUGGAGGAGAGGAAGGUGUUGUGAGGAUCUGGAACUUCUCGCAGGCUCUGGAAACCGAACGGAGGGCUCGUGCACUAAGAGGGAUUAGGUUAGAGAAUAGAAUGAGACGGCGUAGGCUUCAAAUAGAAAUGAACACAAAAGGUGGUGGUGGUGGUCGGAGUGAUCGGUGCUCGGUUGCAGCAAAGAAAAAACUAAUGAACAGCGAUAAUGUUAGUGUUUGGCACAACAAACGCGGGGUGAGCGGGAAGCUCAAAGCUUAGGUGAUAGAAUCAUUUGGUCAUCUAUGUCAUCAACUUGAAUUUGCAGUCAUAUUUAUCUCAAUUUCAAACACUGGCUAAUUGCUGAUUCUUCGAUUCCCUUUCGAUAA